UUGGCAUAAUGGCAUAAUAGCAUACGGUUCCACUUGCACUCGUUUUCCCUUGAGUCGUUCGCUCAGCCCGGCUUUUAGGGGUUCGGUUCUCUGUAAAUCCUUCUCGACACUCGCACAUCUCGACUUUACGCAUACGUCGCGAUUCUCAGUUCAAUGGGUGCCAAAUGAGCAGCUCCGUACGCAGCCGCAGCGUCGUCCCGCAGUCGACCGGCGAUACGCAGCACAAUGUCCGCGAUGCAGCCCUGAUUGGAGCCUCCUCAGCCUUCGCCAGACCACCUGCCAAACCUCAGCACCUCACCAACACAUACACUGGAGGCAGCAAUGGCGCACUCCUCGCUGCCGCCAAAGUAGGCACGGGGCGGCCAAGCACGUCGGCCGGCACUUCUGCGCCGUUGCAAAGAGAUUACACCGGCGGUAGCUCGCGGAGCAUAAGCAGGCCGCAUCCCUUGCUCAAGCACGUCAGCAGCUCGAGCUCCCUGGGUGUGCCGGACAAGCACGUCGACCGCGCUCCGUCGCCGUCAUACACUGCUGCCAAAUUGGCGGCUGCGCGCCUCAGCCCUCUGCGGCCAGCACCCCAGGACAGAGCUGCAGCUAUGAUGAGCGAGAGAGACGCCAAUGAGCGCGAUGUGCUGCCGCCGUCAGGAAGCGUGGGGAACGCACUGGCAAGGCUGGAGCAGCAGAAGCCCAGCCACCAGAAGCCGCCGAGUCAGCAGCCGCGCAGGAGGAGGGACAGCAUCGGCUCGCGCCCGGUCGCCAGUGCAGCAGCCAGUGUAGGACCUCGAGAUAAACCUACCGACGACACCCCUAUACCGCCCACCAACUCCCUCGUCAAUAUGUUCGAGCAGAACAGGCCUGCUACUCCUACGCAGCCUCCUGCUGCACCCUCAGUUGUCGUCAAGCACUCUCCACCUCCCGUCAAGUCACCUAAGCCUCGGCGCACUUUCACACUACCUCCAGAACCUAAUGAUGAAGCUCCACUAGUCAGGAAGAAGACAACCACACCACCUCCUGUACCCAAAUCGAAGCCUUCGAUCGAGGUACCACGACUGCAGUUCACGGACGGCACGAGCGAGUCGUCUCGCACGUUCCUUUCUCAGACGCAGAACGCGCCAUUGAAAUCACCGCCCAUCAAGCAGAAGCCAGUCCAGCUGGCCGCUCUCAACACCAAAGCCGUAACUGGUCCCACAACGUCCAGUCAAGGACGACCGAAGUCCCAAGAUUCGAGGCGCUCAGCGACGUUCAACAGGCGCCUUUCGACUUCAAUAGAGAGUAAUGCACCGUCUUCGCCAGCAUCCUUCAAGUCAGCGAAAGAAGAGCUAGAGGAGGAGGAGGGGGCCAAGCCUAGUCUACCUCCCCCGCUCGAGGAAGAAGAGAAGGCAAAACCCGCACUGCCUCCACCACGACGAUCGAAUACUCGAAAAACCGAGUCCGUCCCAGCCAACGCCAAGCUACUAAAGCCUUCUGUACCAACUCCGCGAAGACAAGGCAAAUCCGCCUCUCCCCUUCAACCACCCGAGCGCCUGCAGCCCCCCGAGCGCCUCUCCCCACCGCACUGCCCAUCCUCAGCCACUGGCUCCGUCUACCACAACCCAUACCAGCGCGAAUCCGCAAAAGCAAUCACCAAGCACAUGACGGGCGAAUCCCUCUCGUCGGCAAUAAUGGGCGCCGCGCUCGCCUCCAGCCGGACAUCAUCCCCCAACCCCCCACCCCAACCUAUCGAGCCGCUCUUCCCACCGCGAAAACCGCACACUCACCACCACCACCACCACAUGCCCUUUCACCGCUCGCCGUCCCCGCAAAAAUCUUCCCCCCCAAAGACAACAGGGAAGCUGCGGACAACGAUGCGCAAAGACCCCUCGCCCCCAUCUUCGUCAGACGACGAGAUUGAUUUCAAGGGCAAGGGUAACAGGAUGCUUGGUAUGAAGGUGAGGAAACACCCGAACAAGCACCACGAGGGGACGCGCAAGAGGUGGCGCGAUCAGAUUACUGAGCGCGAGAGGAAGAGGUAUGAGGGUGUGUGGGCGGCGAACAAGGGCGUUCUCCUCCCUCUAUCUGCGACGAAGGAGAAGGAUGGGUUGACGAGUGAUGAGGAUCCGAGUUUGGAUGUGCUAAAUCUUGUUGUGAGGGAGAUUUGGAUGAGGAGUCGGUUGCCGACGCAUGUUCUGGAGGAGGUUUGGGCGCUUGUUGAUGGGCGAGAAGUCGGCAGGCUGACGAGGAUUGAAUUUGUGGUGGGGUUAUGGUUGGUUGAUCAGCGGUUGAAAGGAAGGAAGCUGCCUACGAGGGUGAGUGACAGCGUGUGGACGAGUGCGCGGGGUCUGGGGAUCAAGGUCAAGGUCCGUGGCUGAGAGGCGAGUAUACAUGCAUUGCUUGGUGUUUUGUUUUCGAGAUACCCACGUCCAAUUCAGCAAUCUUCAUUUGUGUCUAGUAUUCCGCUUCACAUGUACGUCGACCUU